GUUGCAAGGCUUUAUUGUUUACAAGGUCAUUUGUUAUGGAUUCACACCGAAGGUGAGAAGAUGGCAUCUUCUAAGCUGAAGAUCGAAGAACUUUCCUUAAAAAUCAAACAGAGCAGCUCGUGGAAGUUUAUUCCAGAACUUUAUGGAUGUCUUUACAUAGACAUUUCUUGGCUGGACCUGCUGUAUACCAUUUGCAACACUGCCAGAUUCUUAGAUCAUAGAAAUGUUCAGAAAGAAAUUGAAUGUUUACUUGGAGGACCAGAGAGAAUCCUUAUAUCUCUUUCUGUAAGAUCAUCAUUUGAUCUUUUUCUACAAGCAAUGAAGUAUCCUCAGGACUCCGAGAUUAUAGCCACUUGCAUUAACAUUAAGCAGAUGUCUGAAAUAGCUGAAUACCAUGGGAUACACAUGAAAGGAGUUGAUUUGGACUUAUCUAAUAUGCAGCCUGAUAUUUCCCAAAUUGAAUCCAACAUAUGUGAAAAAACUGUUGGAAUCUUUGUUGUUCAACUAUUUGGUAUGAAAUUCAAAACAACAGAACUAAAGAAAGUUGCGAAAAAGCAUAGAAUAGUGUUAAUAGAAGAUUGUGCUCAAGCAUUUUUUGGUGCAGAUGCCAUUGACAGCAUUGAAUCUGAUCUUGCAUUUUUUAGUUUUGGUUCAAUUAAAAGAUCAACUUGCCUUGGGGGAGCUUGCAUAGUUUCAAAUAAUUCUGUUAUAUUGCACAAGAUGAGAACUAUUCAGAGCAGGUAUACUCUUCAGGGAAGAUGGGUAUAUUUCUUGAAGCUCCUGAAGUAUUUAGUUAUAAUGAUUGCCAUGAACAAUCCCUCCUUUUCCUGGAUUUUGUCGUCUUUACUUUCUUUGAUUGGCAUAGACUAUAAAGUUUUUUUCAAAAGCUCACUAAGGUCCUUCAAGGCUUCUAAUAACUCUUUAAUAGAACUGAUAAGAUUCCAGCCAUCACUCCCACUUCUGAUUCUUAUCAAAAGAAGAAUGCAACAUCUCCUUCAGUUUGAUGACAAUUACCAAGAUGGAAGACUGCGUGCAGAAUAUGCCAUUUGUAGUUUGAUUGAGAAACCAGUCUAUGUGUUGGGUUGUCUUUCUGAAGUCAGAGAUUUUUGGCUGUUUCCUGUUCUUGUGGAUGAACCUCUUGAAGUGGAGAUGGAACUAGAGAAGCUAGGUGUGUCAGCAUUUUCAAGAGCAAGCUCCUUGGAAUUUAACCACAAGCCAUCAGAAGAUCUAAGGUCAUCCCAAUUUGUCUGUAAGCACGUAUUGUACUUACCAAUUGAUAGAAGAUCACCAAAGUGGCAUAUAGAUAACGUAUGCAGGAGUUUAAUCACUGUACUACAGGAGAGGAGGUCAAUUUUUGAUAUAGCUGAGAAGGAACAUGUCGUUUUAAAAAGGGAUAUCGAAACACUUCUGAAGUGCUCUUCAACGAUUUUUGAAUCUAGCAAAAAGGUCCCUAGAAUUUUAGAAAUUUGACAGAAGGUUUUUGCAGAUGAUGUCGCAUAGCUUGUUAAUCAGAAAUCAAGGGGGAACCAAGCCAUGUCCUAAAUAGUUUGACCCGUUAAAUAGAUAUCGUGUAGAACAUAAACAGUUAUAUUAUGGAAGUAACAUAUUUACGUAUACUUUGCUUAAUACUGACAGGCUUUGACAUUGAAACAAAGAAUUUUAUCCGUUUAUCAAUAUUUGCACAUAAGCAAAUGAACUUGGUUGGCUAUAGCCCCUAACCACAUGUAAAGCUUCUGAGAUAAGUGAUCAAUCAUUUGAAAAGUUGUCAAAGUCAGACAACAAUAGGACAUCCUCUGAUAUUUUCCAUCUAAUAAGUGUAGUCUUUUUUGAUAACAAAAUCACACGAACAUUAAUCAAACGAAACGUUUUUAACGUUUGAAAGAAGAAACGAAACGUUAACCUUACCGUUUAACGUUUGAAUUUGACUAUUAUUUUAACAAAGAGGGAAAUUAGUGUAGAUUUGCUUUAUUUAUUGUUAAUGCUUAAAAAAAUUAAGUAGGGUAAGGCUUCAUUUUUUUGUUUUUAGCGUCAAGAUUUUUCAGUUUGAAACCAAUUUAAGCUUUUAACUUUGUCAGAGUAAAUAUCUUCCUCAGUUUAUGAAAUUAAUUAGUUUUUUCUCCGAUCAUCCUUUUGCUUCUAACUUAUAAUUACUAGUAAGGGGGUACCAGGUAUUCAUGUCGAAUCACGCAUUCAUGCGUAUAAUAAUGGCAAAUCACGUUUUCACGGUACUGGAAAUUAACUUUCACGAUCACGCCCCAAGAACCCCUCUGAAUUUUAAAAAGGGGGCUGAACCAUCCUGAGCCGCCCUGGGCCACCCCCUUCCAUGACAUCACUGCUCUAGCCUUAAUUGUAUUUAUCAUUUUUGUUCUUUUUGAGCAGCUAAAUCUUGAUCAACAGCUCCCAGAACACCAUCUCCUGAUCGACAGCAAUAAACAUCAUCGUCUCUUACCGUUUGUCGUUUCUUACUUGACAGUGCGCUGCCUCACUGCCGCACCAUUUGCUGCCGCCCAUUCUCUCAUCUCAUUUUUAUUUCAUUUCAUAUAUAUAUUUCCAGCAAUUAAUUGCAAAUCUGUAUUGAUAUAAAGAAGCUGUAUUUUGAAAAAUAUCAUCAAGAUAGAGUUAGAUUGUGGAAAGCUACAUUGAAGGUAAUUAAAAGUGCUAACGGGCACAUGAAAAUAACUCUAAAGAGCUUUUGAAUCGGUGACGUAAGUUUAAAUCAUAAUAAAUAUGGUAAAAUGUCAUUUUGCUAAGAACAGUGUUUCAUUUUGGAGAAAGUUUGAUAAUAAUCAAAUAUAAUGUUUAUUUUAAAAACAAGAACUGAAAGAUCAAAAAAUGCAAAAGAUUAGGGGCAAUAUAUGUACUACAUUGCCGGUCUGUUGGGCAAUAAUCGGUUUAAAAGCAAUCUAAUGCGAGGAAUUUCUUGAAUUUUUAACAAAAUCUUUUCUGAUAAGGGAUCUUCUACAUGACAAUAUUCUUCAUGUAGAUUUUGUUUGCCGAGCCGUUGGCUUUGGAAUCUCUAUCUUGGAGACAUUUAUCUUGUCUGGUACCGGAAACCAAGACUUUCUGCUGAUAAAAAAGUAAUCCCUCCAUUUCCAAAUUGGCUUGCAGCAAUUAUUUUCAUGCAAUCACACCAUGAAUAAUGCUAAUUCAUAGGUCAUGAGCUAAUGUCUAAUCACGAAUUCACGCAUCAGAAAUACGCUGAUCACGCCAAAAUACCUGGUACCCCCUAGUAAUAUAAAGGACGUCGCUUUGGCAUGCCAUGGGGGUAACUGCCCCCUUAGGGUUUCGUCAGUUUAGAUCUAUCUCCGAUGAAAGUCAUUGGGAAGUGGAAAAUUUGAAUUUCAUGAAACAGGAAUACUUUAUCAUGCAAGAUUCACGUAAGAAGCAUUUGCAGGAAUGAUUUAAGAAUUUACACUGACACGGUUAAAACCCAAAUGAAUAAAGGAGAUGGCAAAAGACAACAACAAUACCAUCUGCCUAUAUAGUAGCCACCUUAACAUAGUAAGUUAAAAACCGCUAAAUACAUUCGGUUCAUAACGAUAAUUAAUGGAUAAAAGUUCUUGUUGCUUAAAAAAGAAAAUGUUAUAUUUUAAAAAGGAUCUGUAUGUAGAA